CAAGGACCGUUCCAGAAGGCAUUGGUGAGUGAACGUAGCUUACAGCAACAGAAAACACCAGCUAUCAUUGUAAAUGUGUCUGGUCUGUUUCUGAGACACUGAUACUGCAGAGCUAUACUGUUCUACUGCUACUAUGGAUAUGUGUUGCACAAAAAGCUCCAGCAUGUGAAGAGCCACCUGAUAUUGAUUUUGGGGAGAUUGUUAGUGAUGACAAGUUGGAGUACAGAGAAGGUGACAAAGUGCAGUACAAGUGCAAUCCUGGAUACAGCCUGAUGGGAACUGAAUGGAUCACGUGCAGUGGGAAAACCUGGAAACCUGCACCACAGUGUUUGGCACCGUGUAGCCUCACAAAACAGCAACUGGAGACCAAAAAUCUGCUUCUGUCCAGUGGCCGAAGACAUGCACAGCUGAUUCUGAGUGACCACACACUGGAAUUUAUGUGCAGUGAAGGAUAUACCCUCGCAACCCCUUCAGUCAGGAAGUGUGUUAAUGGGCACAUGGAUUUGCCUUCAUGUAUCUCUGAAAGAGGGAAAAACUGUAGCCGUCCACCUACUAUUGAGAAUGGAGACAUAACUACUUUCUUGGAAAAAGGAUACACAUCUGGCUCCUUUGUAGAAUUCAAAUGCCAAAAAUUUUAUGCAAUGGAAGGACAGAACAGAUCGUUUUGUGACAAUGGGAAUUGGACAAAAGCACCACUUUGUUUAGAGCCAUGUGCUAUCUCAGUGGAAGAAAUGGAAAACCAGAUGGUAGAGUUGAAUGGGAGAGCAAAUGAGACCAUAUCACAAUGGAUGUACCUAAAACGUGGUGAUUUUCUUGAGCUUCGCUGCAAACCAGGAUAUGCACUUGCAACUAAUUUAUCUCAAUCUACUUUUAUGGUGCAGUGCCGUGGAAAUCCAAUUGUCUACCCGGAAUGCAAAGAAAUUGUAUGUGAUCCUCCAGGAGUUGUUAAUGGUAGAUUCAGACCUCAAAGGAAUGUAUAUAGGGAUGGUGAUGUCCUUAUAAUUACAUGUAAUCGUGGAUUUCACACUAAUAAUGACCAAGAUACAGCUGAAUGCACAAAGAAUGGCUGGUUGCCUCCUCCAGGGUGUAGCAAGGUAACCUGCGAACCACCAAGAAUUAAUAAUGGAAAUAUAAUGACUCCAAAGAAAGUGUAUAGGGAGAAUGAACAAUUGCAGUUUACUUGUAAUCUAGGAUAUACAUUUGGUGAAAGAUCUGAUGCAGAUUGUACGGAAUAUGGAUGGAAUCCAAAACCAUUUUGUAAAGAAAUCAGAUGUGAUCCUCCAACAGUGACUAAUGGAACCUACUACCCCAAAAAGAAAGUGUUCAGAGAAUUGGAAGUAAUCAGAGUAGACUGUAAUAAAGGAUUUCACUUUGAAACGGACAAUAGGGAGAGGAGAGCAGAAUGCACAAAGAAUGGCUGGUUACCUAUUCCAAGAUGUAUCUUGAGACCCUGUGACUACCCACAUAUAGAAAAUGGAGCAUUAACUGACUAUUAUGAACAUUACAAAGAACGAGCCUUUCCAGCACAGUUGGGCGUGUCAAUUUACUACAGAUGCCUUGAUGGUUACGUAUCUGAAAGAGAGGAGAAGUGGCCUCUGAUCAGAUGUACUAAAGCCAGCUGGUCUCCUGCGCCAAAAUGCCUUAAAAAGUGUUCUCCUGGUCAUUUGGAAAAUGGUAAAUUUAUAUUUAACUAUUGGACCACCUACAAAGAAGGUGAUGAAAUUUCAUAUGUGUGUUUUCCUGAAAAUCUGCAAGCCAAAGUUACAUGCACAAAGAAUGGCUGGUCACCUACUCCAAGAUGUACCUCUAACAAAAUAUGUGAAAAAGUUGAGAUACAGAAUGGUUAUUUCUCUCAAAGUAGGACCAAAUUUAAUUUAAAUGAGGAAGCAACAUAUGGGUGUCAGAUUGAUUACAUGACUCCAGAAGGAAAUGCGGUGGGGAAGACACAGUGCCUUCAAGGAGGAUGGACUCCUUUACCAAAGUGCAUUAAAACAUGUGAAAAGCCUCGUUUCGAGAAUAUUAAUUUCCACACAGAUCAAAUGGUGUUUCUGCCUGAAGAAAUACUGGAAUAUGAAUGUGCAGAUGGAUACCAAACUGUAAAUAAAAUCACAACAGGUUAUACAGUGUGUGACAUAAAUGGAUGGAUUCCUGAGCCCCAAUGUCUUGCCAUAGAAUGUGAAAUGUUGACAUUGUCCAAUGGCGGGGUUUCCCCCCGGAAAGGUACAUAUGGUAAUGGAGAUGUGGUAACUUUUUCCUGUGCAAAAGAUCACACAAGAGUGGGACCCGACUCCUCUCAAUGCUAUUACUUUGGAUGGUUCCCAGCAUCUCCGACAUGUAAAGAGGAAACCAAAGCUUGUGGGCUACCACCCAGCAUUACCAAUGGGAGUAUUAUCAGUGAACUUCAUGAGAAAUAUCAGCAUGGCAACUCAGUGGAAUAUGACUGUGACGUCAGUUUUAAAAUGAUUGGAUCAGGAAAAAUAGAAUGUAUUGAUGGGGAAUGGACAUCUUUACCUUCUUGCACAGAAGAGAAAAAAACCUGUAAAAAACCACCCAGUAUUAACAAUGGGAAUGCUGUCAAUGUAGUAGACCGUCCCCAGUAUGCUCAUGGAGAUACAGUGGAAUAUGAAUGUAAAAAAAACUAUGUAAUGGUUGGGUCAAAGACAGUGAAGUGUCUCAGUGGAGAAUGGAUAUCUUUGCCUUCAUGUGCUGAUGAUUUUGCUGAAUGUGAACUUCCAGAGAAGUUGGAGAUUAUAAUCCUUUCACAUACUGCCAGCGAGAGAAGGAUCUAUAAGCACAACGCACUUAUAAGGUACACAUGUAAAACAGAUGCCACAAAGAGGAAGCAAGCAACUUGUAACAAUGGGGAAUGGACACCCCAGCUUGACUGCAUAGAGAUUAAAAAAAAAUGCCCACCUCCACCUGAGCUCCCGGGUGCCAUCAAGAUCACAGAGACACGAAACUACGAGAAUGGUGAAAAAAUAGCUUUUACGUGCCUAAAACAUUUUGAACACCGAGGAGUGAAGGAAAUAAUGUGUGAAAACGGGAAGUGGCAAUCACCACCAUUCUGUGUUGAAGAAAAAGUAUGUUUGCAGCCACAUUCCAUAGCAAAUGGUGAGAUUCUCAGUCUAGAAAAUCAGAACUUAAGAAAGGAGCAAUCAGGACCAAUGACUUAUCAGAACGGUACCAUGUUAACGUACAGUUGUAACCCUGGCUUCAUGUUACGUGGACCACCUGAGAUAAUUUGUAAGACUGGAAAAUGGACAUCAGCUCCUACAUGUGUUGAAAUGCCAUGUACCGAUGUUCCAAAUAUUAUCAAUGCUCAGACUGAAGGCAGAGUGAAGCAAAGUUAUAAGCCUGGUGAAACAGUACGUUAUCAAUGCCAUCCUGGUUUUAUCAUCCACGGAUCUCCAGAUAUUAUGUGUAAAGCAGGGAAUUGGUCCACACAACCUGUGUGUAAAGAUGCAAGGUGUAGCACUCCACCUGCAGUUACCAAAGCUGAUAUUAUAAAUAAUGAGGAGAGAAGGUAUCUGCCUGGUGCUAGAGUGCAAUAUAAAUGUCAGGAAGGAUUUGAAAGUAUGGGAUUGAAUUAUGUAACUUGUGAAGAUGGAGAAUGGUCACAACCACCAAUUUGCAAAGAUAUGAGAUGUGCACCUGCACCAGAGAUUUCUUCUGGUAGGAUUCUAAAUGCUAAGCAGCGAAGGUAUUUCCCUGGCGAAAGGGUGCGUUAUCGAUGUAACCAAGGUCUGAGCCUUAUUGGGUCUCCGAUGGUAACAUGUAAGCAAGGGAAGUGGUCCCAACCACCAGAAUGCAGAGAGGCUGCUGGAAGUGUGGGCCCCACCAUUAUUGAUAAUGGAGACACCAUUGCCUUUGCACAGCCAGUAUAUGAAUCAGGUUCAAACCGUAGAUAUAGAUGCAGAAGUUUACACAGAAUGCGGGAUCUUCAAUUUGUUCGCUGCGAGUUUGGCCAAUGGACAGAACCACCAGUUUGCUUAGAGCCAUGUGCAGUAUCCCCAGAAGAGAUGGAGAAAAACAAUCUUGAGCUGAAAUGGAGGGAUACCACUAAAUUGUAUUUAGAAAGUGGAGACUUUGUUGAAUUUGACUGUAAACAUGGAUAUGUGAGGGAUCCAACAUCUUCUGCAUUUAGAAUACAAUGUAUGGAGGGGAAAGUAGCAUAUCCUAAAUGUAAGAAAAGAGAAACAGGAAAAAACUGUAGCCGGCCACCUACUAUUGAGAAUGGAGACACAACUACUUUCUUGGAAAAAGGAUACCCAUCUGGCUCCUUUGUAGAAUUCAAAUGCCAAAAAUUUUAUGCAAUGGAAGGACAGAACAGAUCUUUUUGUGACAAUGGGAAUUGGACAAAAGCACCACUCUGUUUAGGUAAGUGGGAAUUUGAACAAGGUCAAAUUUGGCAGAAGUGGGAUGAGAUCCAAGAAUCCAGAGAGGAGCAGAACUCUGCGUCAGCCAUUACAAGUGCUGGGUCUACUUGGUCAACCACCAGAAUGACUUUGCUGAGUUGUUUCAUCAUUCAGCUUCUCUGGGCUUUCUGUGCUCAGGGCCAAGAAAUUACAUGUGAUCCCCCAUUAGUGACUAAUGGAACCUUCCAGCCCCAAAAGAGAGUGUUCAGAGAAGGGGAUGUAAUCAGAGUAGACUGUAAUCCUGGAUUUCACUUUGAAACGGACAACAUGCAAAAGACAGCGGAAUGUACAAAGAAUGGCUGGUUACCUAUUCCAAGAUGUAUCUUGAAACUCUGUGACUACCCAUAUAUAGAAAAUGGCAGAUUAACUGGCUAUUACAAAAACCACAGCAAAAAGGACUCAGUACGUUUAGGGGUGACAAUUUUCUACAGAUGUCUUGAUGGUUAUGUAUCUAAGAGUGAGAGCACCUGGAAUCUAAUCAGAUGUACUGCAGAUGGCUGGGACCCAAUGCCAAAAUGUCUUAAAAAGUGUUCUCCCAUUUGGUUAUCAAAUGGUAGAUUCCUAAUUCUAUGGCAGAAAUACUACAAAGAAGGUGAUGAAAUUUCGUAUGUGUGUGAUCAUGAAUAUGUCCCCGAAAAUCAGCAAGCAAAAGUUACAUGCACAAAGAAUAACUGGAUGCCCACUCCAAGAUGUAUCUUGAACAGGUUUCAGGGAAAGAUGGGACGGAGUCUCCUCCCAAAAGAGCCAGAAGAUGUUUUCAGUCCCGUCCCAGGAUCACUGACCAGGAUAGAUGAUCAGUCACUUCUAUCUGGAGCUGGUCCAUCUGGUUCACCACACGCAGGAUCAUUAAGGCUGUCAGAAAUAUGUGGAAGGACAGAGGUACCUCAUGGUUAUUUCUAUGAAACAAAGAACAGGUUUGAUUUAAAUGAAAAAGCAACACUUAGGUGUCAGAUUGGUUACACGACUCCAGAAGGAAAUGAGACAGGGGAGAUACAAUGUCUUGAAGAAGGAUGGAGUCCUUUUCCAGAAUGCAUCAAGACAGGUAGAAUGCCUGCUUUUGAGCAUAUUCAUUUCAACACCAGCAAAAUGGUGUUUUUGCCUGAAGACAUACUGGAAUAUGAAUGUGCAGAUGGAUACCAAACAUUAAAUAAAAUCUCAAGGGGUCACACAAUAUGUAGCAUAAAUGGAUGGACUCCAGAGCCCCAAUGUUUUGCAAUAGAAUGUGAAAUGGUGAUGCUGGCCCAUGGAGAGGCUUUUCCCAAGAAGGACAAAUAUCUUAAUGGAGACGUGAUGACAUUUUCCUGUGCAAAACGUUACACCAGAGUAGGACUGGACUCUGCUCAGUGUUAUUAUUUUGGAUGGUCCCCAGCACCUCCGACAUGUCAAGUGGAAAUCAAAGAUUGUGGGCCACCACCCAGCAUUACCAAUGGGAAUAUUAUCAGUGAACUUCAUGAGAAAUAUCAGCAUGGUGACUCAGUGGAAUAUGACUGCAACCUCAGAUUUAAAAUGAUCGGAUCAAAGAAUAUAGAAUGUGUUGAUGGAGAAUGGUCAUCUUCACCCGUUUGCAUUGAAGAGGAAAAACUGUGUGUACCACCCCCCAGUAUUGUCAGAGGGAGUGCUAUCAAUGUAAACCAGAACCAAUAUUUUCAUGGUGAUUCAGUGGAGUAUGGCUGUGAAGGAAACCUUGAAAUUGUUGGGACAAAUAUCAUAAAAUGUCUUAGUGGAGAAUGGACAUCUUUACCUUCAUGUGCUGAUCCAUCUGUCAAAUGUGCACUUCCAAGGAAUCUUGAGAAUAUCGGAUUUUUAUCGGUUUACAAUUUUCAAAAGAGAUUCUAUCACAAAGAUGUUGUAAAAUACAGAUGUAAUUCAGAUGUCAAGAAACUUAAACAAACAGUCUGUGAAUAUGGGAAAUGGUCACCCAAGCCAGAAUGCAUUGCUCCAGCAUGUGAAGAGCCACCUGCUAUUGAUUUUGCGGAGAUUGUUAGUGUUGACAAGUUGGAGUACAGAGAAGGUGACAAAGUGCAGUACAAGUGCAAUCCUGGAUACAGCCUGAUGGGAACUGAAUGGAUCACAUGCAGUGGGAAAACCUGGAAACCUGCACCACAGUGUUUGGCACCGUGUAGCCUCACAAAACAGCAACUGGAGACCAAAAAUCUGCUUCUGUCCAGUGGCCGAAGACAUGCACAGCUGAUUCUGAGUGACCACACACUGGAAUUUAUGUGCAGUGAAGGAUAUACCCUCGCAACCCCUUCAGUCAGGAAGUGUGUUAAUGGGCACAUGGAUUUGCCUUCAUGUAUCUCUGAAAGAGGGAAAAACUGUAGCCGUCCACCUACUAUUGAGAAUGGAGACAUAACUACUUUCUUGGAAAAAGGAUACACAUCUGGCUCCUUUGUAGAAUUCAAAUGCCAAAAAUUUUAUGCAAUGGAAGGACAGAACAGAUCUUUUUGUGACAAUGGGAAUUGGACAAAAGCACCACUUUGUUUAGAGCCAUGUGCUAUCUCAGUGGAAGAAAUGGAAAACCAGAUGGUAGAGUUGAAUGGGAGAGCAAAUGCGACCAUAUCACAAUGGAUGUACCUAAAACGUGGUGAUUUUCUUGAGCUUCACUGCAAAUCAGGAUAUGCACUUGCAACUAAUUUAUCUCAAUCUGCUUUUAUGGUGCAGUGCCAUGGCAAUCCAUUUGUCUAUCCAGAAUGCAAAGAAAUUAGAUGUGAUCCUCCAACAGUGACUAAUGGAAUCUACUACCCCAAAAAGAAAGUGUUCAGAGAAUUGGAAAUAAUCAGAGUAGAUUGUAAUAAAGGAUUUCACUUUGAAACGGACAAUAGGGAGAGGAGAGCAGAAUGCACAAAGAAUGGCUGGUUACCUAUUCCAAGAUGUAUCUUGAGACCCUGUGACUACCCACAUAUAGAAAAUGGAGCAUUAACUGACUAUUAUGAACAUUACAAAGAACGAGCCUUUCCAGCACAGUUGGGCGUGUCAAUUUACUACAGAUGCCUUGAUGGUUACGUAUCUGAAAGAGAGGAGAAGUGGCCUCUGAUCAGAUGUACUAAAGCCAGCUGGUCUCCUGCACCAAAAUGCCUUAAAAAGUGUUCUCCUGGUCAUUUGGAAAAUGGUAAAUUUAUAUUUAACUAUUGGACCACCUACAAAGAAGGUGAUGAAAUUUCAUAUGUGUGUUUUCCUGAAAAUCUGCAAGCCAAAGUUACAUGCACAAAGAAUGGCUGGUCACCUACUCCAAGAUGUACCUCUAACAGCACUUCAGGAUGAAUAAAAUGAAGCAUCAAGCAGAUAAUUUUUAGUCAGAUCUGAGGCUCAAAAUCCAUUGACCGGUUAUUUGUAAUGUUCACACAUUAUGUCCUUUGUCAGUAUUUUAGCUUAAAUUGAUUACAUGUAUCAGUUCAGUCACUUUUUCUAUCGUUGGUCACAAUGGUUUAAAAUAUACACUCAUAAAAUAAUAACAACAGAUGGGAAAAUAAGUUCAAACUCAGAUCAAACUACAGCUUUUUAUGCUAUUUGGAAAAGGAAACUUUAAGAGAAAUUGUACACAUCUGCACAUCCUGAAUUACACACUUCCUGCUUGCUGAAACAGAAAGCACCGGUAUUUCCCUCUGGCCCAAAUCAGGAACUCCAGGAAGUCUCAUUAGAAACCUUAAUCUUGAGAGAUUUUUAGCCCAAUCACCACACCAGAAAGUUUGGGAUAUGCAUGGAGGCAUUUUUGAAUUCUGCCCAUCGGUAUUAGCUGUUGGUGAUUAUUUUUCCAAACGUUUUAGUCCAUGCAACCAAAAAAUGAUCCUGUCAUCUAGCACAGUUGUACACAAAACAUUGACUUCUCUGGUUAAAGUUUAAAUUCAUAGUGUCUUAAUUAUUUUUCCUUUAUAAAAUUAAAGAUUUGUAUGUUUCAUUUA